AUGUCGGAUUCAGCUUCCGAGGGCUGGCAUCCCAAUGAGCCAGACCAUCUUGGGUCCGACGCCGGCACUGAGGAAAUGACUACACCGGAAUUUUGGGGGGCAUUGCAUGGUGAAGACCUUGCCUUUCCGGGGAAGCAUGAAGCAGCUAUUGCUUCGUCCUCUAUCCCUGUACCCACCAAACCGCUAGAAAGGAUUCAGUCAGAUAACCAGCUUCAGUCGGACCACAGAAAAUUGAAAGUCACCGAGGAUUCAUUCGACGACCACUUUGGGGCUGCAGGGAUGGAGAGCGAGGCGAAUGAUCACAAGUGUUUGGGCAAAGCAGCAUCGACCUGGGAUCCUUCCGUGUCUACUGCCAUCGACUAUGAAAUAGCCAAGAUAUACAAUCACGCGGAUCACUGUCGAAAUGCCUAUUGUUCACAAGCUAAAGCUUUCUUUGAUGAAAUACAGUCUCGUGAGUGA